UAAAUGUUCAGAAUAUUUUAGAAGAUGGAGAUAGUUGAGUCCAUUCUGAACCUUCCCCUGCAAGAUCCACCUGGUGAAGACUUCUCAGCAUCUGAUUUGAGUUGGACCAAGGUCGGAAAUGUAGAACGUUAUGAUGAUGUUGCCCUUAUUCUUUAUGAUCGAGUUGAUGCAUUUAUCAUUGGAGAGUGUUGUAACGUGGAAUUCCCAACAAGGUUUCACAUUGAGAGGGGAAGGAAAAGAAGCAGAGGCAGCUUAAAGGAGUAUAAGCAUGAUGACUAUUUGGAGUACAGGCUGUAUGAACUUUCUGAACUAAUGGACCUCAAGAUGGAGAGUUCUUUGUAAAUAUUUGACUCGUGGAGGAGAGCACAGGGAGAAUCAAGGACGUAGACUUUCCUUGUUUUUGGACAAAACAAAAAAUGAACUUAAAUGGCCAACUAUGAGGAUUUUGCUUAAUUUAAACGCGAUUCAUGAUGGAGGAUGAAGCAAUGUUCAGUCUUUCUAAGUAAUUUUUGAGUGUAUUAGUAAAUUUAAGCUUCUUAAGUUUACUUUAUAUAACAAAGUUUUAUGUCCAAUUUAUUUUGGUAAAUUCUCAAUUUCUUGUAAUUAGUUUAAAGGUCAUAUCAUAAUCCUGUAUCAGUCAUUCAUGUAUUUAGACAUCGUUGGGGCUGAAGCUU